AUGCGAGCGAUGGCAGACCAGGCUGCGGUGGCAGCAGAGGCAUCUCCAGCCAUGGCACCAUCGCCAGGCUCACCUCAGCGGGGGGACACUGAUGGCCUAACGUCCCCUCCCACCGGCACCACGGAGGACAGCGGCGGCAGGGAUGGCUGCGGACUAAUUUUCACCACGGAUGGGGACACAGAGCGUCCCUCCUCACCCCCAGCCGGGGGGAUGCUCCUGACUGACUUCCCACGGGCCCACCCGCCCCGGCUGAGCCCGGCCAAGUCCCGCACGGCGCCGUCCUCCCCCAGCGUGUCCCCCUCCGAGAGCCGAGCAGCCCUGCUCCGGCUGCGGGACGCCAGGCUGGAGAACACCCGGAGAAGGCUGUCGGAGGCUAUGCAGGAGCCCCUCAGCCGCCUCAGCCGCCUCAUGGCCGAGGAGAGCAGCCCAGCGCCCUGGGCAAGGGCGGGUGCCGGGGGGCAGGAGCUGGGGGGCAGCCCCGGGCAGGUGGGGAGCCGUGGGGCUGGGGGACACCAGGCACGGGACUGGAGCCCCUGGGAGCCCACCCAGAACUGCCGCUACGAGAUCUGCUCCUACGGGGACGUGAUCCAGGUGGUGGAGGUGGCACAGCAGAAUGCUGAACCUCCACUGCCACCCCCUGAGGAGCCGUCACCGGCACGGCCAGGGGGCACAGUGCCAGGCAGAGCCCUCACCUCCAUCGCCCUCCUCGCCUAUGGCUACUUCAUCCUGCCGCUGCCGCCCUAUGCUGCUGGCCUCUGCCUGGGGCUCAUCUGUGGGCUGGUGCUAGGCUUCCUCACCAUCCUCCUCCUCCUGCCAAAGGCUCCACCAGUGCCACGAGGACCAUGGGGCCACCUCCGGCCCAAGCUGCUCCUGGGGGAACCACUGGAAACUCACCACCUUCAGGGCUGGAUGAACCAGCUGCACACUUACGACCCUGAGCUCUUCCACCCCUCGCUCACACACUCGGUGCUGGCCACGCUGGAUGGGGCCACCCUCAAGCUCUCCUACCCUAAGAGCAACGUCCCACGCCGAGCCACCUGCGAGGAGGAGCCUCUCGAGGCCACCUUCGUCAGCCACCGCUGCUACGACCUGACCGAUGCCAAGGUCUUCCUCUGCCCACCCAGCCUGGCCCGAAAGCGGACGUGGAACAAGAAGUACCCAAUCUGUGUGCUGCUCCCUGCCCGGAGCUGCAGGAGCAGCGAGGAGCAGGACACGGAGCUGCAGAGGGAGGAAGGGAUGAAGGCUCCAACGGCAGGGCAGGAGGUGCCAGGGGGCUGCAGGGAGAGGUGUCUGUACCUCUUUGGGAGGACAGGCAGGGAGAAGGAGGAGUGGUACCAGCACCUCGUGCGAGCCUCCCGCGGGGCACCUAGCAGCAGCCACGGUGAAGCCAGGACAGGCAUGGGACCAGCUCUGCAGAGCAGUGGCAGCAGCAGUGGAGGGAGCACUGAGGACAUCCCUUCUGCUGUGCCACCCAAGGACCUGGCAGGAAGCACCCAGCAGGAGGUCUUCCUGGAUUACAGCACCUACAUGGCCCGGUUCAUGCCAGCGUGGGCAGGGAGCAGCCCAGACCAGAGCCCCUCUCACAGAGCUCUGGGCAGCCCCAUGCCCACUAAGGGGCUCAUGGGUCCUGUGGCUCCUGUGCCCCCUGUGCCCCCACAGCUCAGCGAGGACAGGCUGGGGCACAGCCAGGCCUCCAUGGCCUGGAUGAAUGCCCUGGCAGGACGCAUCUGCUGGGACUUCCUCCGGGAGCCCUACUGGGCCCAGCAAGUGGCCAGCAAGAUCCAGAAGAAGCUGAGCAAGAUCAAGCUGCCCUACUUCAUGAACGAGCUGGCACUGACAGAGCUGGACAUGGGCACAGCCAUCCCCUCUGUCCUCAGUGCCUCCAGCCCCACCAUCAAUGACCGAGGGCUCUGGGUGGACAUGGAGGUCACCUACAGCGGCUCACUGCAGAUGACACUGGAGACCAAAAUGAACCUCUGCAAGCUGGGGAAGGAAAGUGCUGCAGAGGAGAGCAGCCCAGCAGAGGCAGGAGGAGAGGGGGCCAGGCCCCGGCUGAUCCUGCUGGCAGACAGCGAUGCUGAGUCCUCCAGCGCCGGCUCCUCUGACGAGGAAGAAGUCUCUGCUGCAGAGCCCAUGGGAGCCCUGGGGGAGAAGGUCUCACCCCCCGGCACCGAGGGCCACACCAGCGGCAACAGCACGAGCAGGAAGAUCCUGCGCUUCGUGGAUAAGAUUGCCAAGUCCAAGUACUUCCAGAGGGCCACUGAGAACGAGUUCAUCAAGAAGAAGAUCGAGGAGGUCUCCAACACACCCCUGCUGCUGACAGUGGAGGUGCAGGAGCUGGCAGGCACCUUGUCUGUCAACAUCCCCCCGCCGCCGACGGACCGUGUCUGGUACAGCUUCCGAGUGCCCCCUCAGCUGGAGCUGAAGGUGCGGCCGAAGCUGGGCGAGCGGGAGGUGACCUUCCUGCACGUCACCGAGUGGAUUGAGCGCAGGCUGCAGCACGAGUUCCAGAAAAUUUUGGUGAUGCCCAACAUGGAUGACCUCAUCAUUCCCAUCAUGAGCUCUGGCCUGGAUCCUCAGCCACCCCCAGGGGCACUGCCCAGGAACCUACCAGCCAAAGGAGAGAAGAGGCUCUAA